GUUUUGAUAAUUGCCAAACCGCCGUGGAUAUAAAGAGUUUCGUUGAAUAACUCAAGGCGUGAAGAAUGGCUUGGAACAAGACCUAAAAGACUCAAGGACAAGAUCAAGAAUUGAAGACUUAGUCGAGUUGGUCUUUUGUGAUCAAAACCGACAAUAUAUUCAAGUCUCGGUUUAGGUGAAGGACAAUCGACCACAAGGCCUCCGUUGUUUGACGGAACAAACUACACCUAUUGGAAGGAGCGGAUGAAGAUUUACAUCCAAUCCACCAACUUUCUCCUUUGGAGAAUUAUCAUGAAUGCUGAAGACGUGCCAAUGAAGAAGGUCGGGGAAACCAACGUUCCUAAGACCGAGAAUGAGUAUGAUGCACAAGACAUCAAGAAAGUGGAAAACAAUGCCAAGGCCAUCAAUAUCAUCUAUUGUGCCGUAAACCCGGAUGACUACCGGAAGAUCUCUUGUUGUACCACCGCGAAGGAAAUGUGGGACAAACUAGAAAUCACCUACGAAGGUAUGGAUCAAGUCCGAGAAGCUAAAAUUGAUUUUCUAACCCAUGAAUAUGAAUUGUUUCGUAUGAAGGAGAAUGAGAAAAUCGAUGAGAUGUUUGAACGAUUCUCCAAAAUCAUCAAUGAUCUCCAUGCUCUCAAGAAGACGUACACGGACAAGGAGCUUGUGAGAAAAAUCCUGCGAAGUCUCAUACCGGAGUGGCGGUCCAAAGCCGAUGCCAUCCAAGAGUCUAUUGGUAUCACCAACUUCACCAUUGACGGGCUUAGAGGUAACCUCAAAACCUAUGAGUCUACCAUUUUACUCCCUUCUUUAGGUGAACAAAAGAAGAAGGGGAUUGCACUCAAGGCUUCCUCAAGCCAAGAACCUGCCAUGGAGGAAUUAAGCGAUGAAGACAACGAGUUCGGGCUCGUCAUCAAAAAAUUGCACAAGUUCAUGUGCAAGGAAUAUGAACGAAAGGGUAAAAAGCAAGGAGGACCACCCAAGUGCUAUGGGUGUGGAGAAGUUGGGCAUAUCAAGCCAAAAUGCCCAAAUGCCAAAAACGAGAAGGAGAAGAAACCGUUCAAGAAGCACCGAGCUUACAUCUCGUGGGGAGGUGAUUCCGGCGACGAAUCAUCGGAAGGUGAAGAAAUUGAAAGCGCCAACCUUUGUCUCAUGGCACACGAGGAACCAUCGGAAGAUGUUUUGAUAAUUGCCAAACCGCCGUGGAUAUAAAGAGUUUCGUUGAAUAACUCAAGGCGUGAAGAAUGGCUUGGAACAAGACCUAAAAGACUCAAGGACAAGAUCAAGAAUUGAAGACUUAGUCGAGUUGGUCUUUUGUGAUCAAAACCGACAAUAUAUUCAAGUCUCGGUUCUCAAAAGUCAAAACAAUUUUUACAAUCCAUAAAUUAUUUUUUUGUGCAUCAAAACAAACAUUUUUGAUGAUUUUUUAUUGUUAAAAUCCCUGGUCCUUGCUCAGAACCAAAACCACC